GUUCCCACUGCCUCACAUUCUAUCAUCCACUGAUCUACCUGCUUCUCUGCAUUAUCACUUCUUCCUGUUCCUUCCACCCUUCACUCCAUCUUCCCUCGUUGCUCCACCUACCGACUUCUUCUUCUUCUAAUCUGAUUUCUAUUUCUGUCAGAACCGAUUUCUCCCCACACUCCUCCAAACCAUCGUCUCAAUCGACUAUACAAAUUCCGUCCUUUUUAAACUGUUUGAUCUGUCUUCUUUAGAGAUCUCUACAAACCUUUUAGGGUUAAUUUUUUCUAAAUUUCUCAUGUACAAGUAGUCGACGAUGACGGAGUGCAAAGAAGCGUACGACGCUGUUGCAGGUAGCAAGUGUAGAGAAUGUCAACGCCAUUUAGAUUCGUCGGUGAAGUCCACCGCCUUAUGCAUCAUCGCUCUCUACCACCGCCCUAGAACCUUAUGGAUCGUCCCUCUCCAGCACAGCCGUAUACGUCGUCGCUCUCUACCACCGCCCUGUCCGACUUACUUUGUUUACCAAUCGGAGGAUGGAGUGCUAAAAGGCGAUUUAUGAAGCCUUUAAUUCAUGUUGAUACAUAAGAAGAUAUGAGUGGUGGACUGAUGGAUGCUAGGGUUUUUAGGGAGACUGAUUGCCUUCAAAUUUUGGGUUACUUGGCUUGCCGAUUCAUUUCAAACACCAAUUGUAGAAGGUGAUUGUUUUGGUUCCUGUUACAAGAUCGCUCCUACUAAAGAAGUAUUCGAUUGCAACUACCGUAUUAUUCUAUUAACAUCAUAAUAGCAGCGGUGGAGGUUGAUUCCAAGUCUUCUUCAAGUCACAAUUUGUCUUAUCCUAUCCGCUACUCGAUUUGGUGCUAAUUUGUAAGGGGUAUUAGUUUGUCAUUUACUUCUUCCAUCGUUGGCUUCAUUUUUUUGACUUAUUUACCAGCCAUUUAUUUCUAUUAUAUUUGUUCCCACCUAUUGGAUGUGGGUGGUGUGUUUUACCUCACUACUUCAUUGGUGCACACCACAUGCUCGAUGACAUGCAACAUUGAAGAAUAAUGAUUAUUUUGCAUUCAAUAUAUUAUUCAUAUGUAUGAGUAAACUGAAAAUGGAAUUCAUGUAUCACAUAAUUGAUUCACUUAUUUUCCCAAGAUCUGAUCUGACCAGUGAAUAUUGAACUCAUUAAUUUUACUGGUUAUUCUUUGGGUUAACUAUAGUAAUUGACAUUCCUUUUUUGAAUUUUGACCUUCGUAGGACAAAACGAACAUUGUUGACGCUAAGGUUGGAAAGGGUUCUACAUCAUUCUUAUUUACACAAGUUUUUUUUUAUGUCUAAUGAUAUGCAGGGAAUAUUUCAUUUAUGAAUUCAGGUGGAAGAGUACAAUGGACAAAUGGUGCAACCACAUAAGGCUAUUGUUGGUGCUAAUGCUUUUGAUCAUGAAAGUGGAAUCCAUCAGAUUUCAAUAAUUUACAUAUAAAUUUAUAGUAAAAGUAAAAUUUUCAAAUGACCCCAGUAAGUAUUUUAUGUGAUUUAUGACCUCAUUUUCUUGCACAAAUUACAAUAAAUCAAGAAAAAUGAAUAAAUACAUAAACUUUCCAGAUCAUCUUAUUAUAUCACUAGGUUUCUAGAAAAAAAUAUGUUUGUACAGAAACAAAGUUUUACAUAUUUUUGUGGAUUAAAAUCUUUUAUGAACAUAUUUAAAGCUUUUAACAACAACUUUGAACAUCUAGCACCUAAGCUUGAAGAUCAUCACAUGCAUGUUGGUUUAAAGACCAUGCAGAGACUUGAUAUGUUCAAAACGAUGUUUUUUAGGAAGAACUCGGAUACAUUGGUUGAUGAACAUCUAAAUCUUAUAAAACUCACUUUCUUAUAUUUGACAUAGGUUUAGGUCAUGGGUUUUCACCAUCUAGCAACAUGCUAGAUGUUUUUGGUGAAAACAUAACACCAUCAUCAUCAAAUCUGAAGUGCAUGAACAUGCACAUGGAUUUUCAAAGAGAAAGGUGUAGGAGAAGAAGAAAAUGCAAGAAAACAUGAAAUCUUUGAAGGGAAACUUGAUGAGUUGGGAGCAGCAACUCGCCGAGUAGAGAGUGUAAUGGCCGCAGGAUUUUAGAGUUUACUCGAUGAGUCGGAGGACCCUAACUCGACGAGUAGGAGUUGGGUGAUAAAACUCUAAUUUUCAGGGUUUGUGUCCUAUUUAAAGGACCUUAAGCCCUCAUUUCCGCCUCCCUUAUCAUCCUAACCCUCUGUGAGAAACCCAAAUCGUGUGCAUCCAUUCGUGAGAGAAAGAGGAGCUAACUUUGGGUGUUUUAGUGCACAUUUGGAAAAAGAGUGAAGAACAUCAAGCCUUGGAACAAAAAGAGGCUUGUAGAUCAAGUGUUUCUCUGUGCUAGCUUCAGUUUGGAGGUAAAAAGCUACCACCUUGAGCAUUUCUUUUGAUAGAUCUCUUUCUAGAGAGUUUUAGGGCUUUUUCGCCCUUAUCUUGUGGUUCCUGUGUUGCUGGAGCUUGUCAUGGAGUUGAGACUCCAGAUCUGGACAAAAAGAGGUCCCACGAGCCCAAAGAUCCAAGCUUUAUCAAGCUUUGGGUAAGUCUCCAUACAUGAAAC